CGGAAAUUGUAACUGGGCUACAUGGAGCCGAGGUGUAGCGAUAUAAUGACAAACGUGUGCAUUCAUUUAUUUCGUUUUACGUGUUUCUCAGAUUGUUUUUGUCAUUAUAACUGAAAUAUUAAAGUCCUCGUUGUGCCGCUAAGUCGUCGGUAGUUUGAGCUCAUGGACAAAGACAAGUGUAGCGACGUUCCUGCUCAGUGCUCCUGGAUGGAUAUGCACCAGUUCAUCGGUGACCUUAUCACAUCUGGAAACUCCUCCAAAAACCAGCCAGAUGUGCUGAACCCAGCCGCGUGGGGUGUGGCGGCUGCAGCUGCUGGUUCUCUGGGCUUCAAAGCUGCUCCACUGGAACCUCUUCAGCCACUUCGACCCUCCCAGGACAAGACAGAACCCCGGAGACAGAUCCAGCCUGGGCCUUCACAGAGGAAAGGAGAGGCCAGAGACCGGAGAGAAGGUCUGGAUGUGCAUCAUGCCUGCACCUGCCCUGGCUGUCCUUACUUCGGCUCCCCUUCUUUUGAGACUUUAACACCCAGACAGUCUUUGUCUACGCCAGCACACUCUGAGGCAGUUUGUCACCCUAAAGAUCUCAGCAGCACUGCUCAAGUGAGCCUCGGUAUGUGUUUAGCGGACACCACCGUACCAAGCGGCAGCAGCGCUGCGUCCGAGCUGGAAACCAGGCCACCCAAUCGACCGCAGAGCGAUGACGCAGACAGAAGGACUCAGAGACGAGAUCAGAACUCUGAUGCUCCUGCCUCCAGAGCGUCUUCGGGCUCCAUGUCCCAUUUCUCCAUGUUUCCCUGCUUGUGCUGCCACCGCGGCCUGCAAACCUGCAGCCAGCUGCUGAGCCACCAGGAAGGAUCCGACUCCCCGUUUUCUCACACCCACGCCCAUCAUCAUUUCCACCACCACCACUGCCCGCUAACGUCGUGUUUACCGUGUCCUCAGCUCGCCCACUCCUCACAGCUCUCUGGUCCUUUUCCCUGCUUGUCCUGCCAGUGCUCUUUUCCCACCUGCAGCCAAGUCUGCCACCACCAGCACAGACAAACCCAGCAGCCCGAGGAGAGAGGCAGGACGGUCGCCACGCUGCAGUCGCAGCAUCCCUGCAUGCACUGCUCCGCCUCUUUUUCCAGACCGUCUCAGCUGCUGCAGCACCAGCGCUCCGAGCACGCCCACAAACCGUCCGGCUUCCUCUGCACCGAGUGCGGCAGGGCUUUUAACUCGCACAGCAACCUCCGCAUACACCUCAACGUGCACACUGGCGCCCGGCCCUACACCUGCUCCGACUGCGGGAAGAGCUUCAGCCAGUCGGGAGCUCUGAAGAUCCACCGGCGGAUUCACACGGGUGAAAGGCCGUACUCCUGUGGCUUCUGCGGUAGAGGUUUUCCCCAUCUGGCCGGGGUCCGGGCCCACCAGAGGACCCACACAGGAGAGAAACCCUAUCGCUGUAGCCAGUGCGGGAAGUGUUUCACCCAGUCUGGUGCUCUAAAGAUCCACACCAGAAUCCACACAGGAGAGAGGCCCUUUGUCUGCAGCAUCUGUGGGAAAGGCUUUUCCAACCGCUCCGGGAUUCGCUUCCACUACCGCACGGUUCACGGGUUAGCUCCUGAACACAGCAGGGAGGGAGGAGCUGGAGGUGUGUAUCGAGGACCUGCAGAUCGGGGUUGUCCGCCCGGGCGCCCCAGGACUUUACCUCCCACCACGAUCGGCUUAAACUCACCCAACAGCACUGAUGACGACUCAAACGCAGCUCCAGACUCUGGAGAUAAUUCGGAGUUGAUCGCCUCUCAUCCCGGCUCUGCCCUGUUUGAGCGGAAAUCUCAGUCUGAGGGAGCAGCUGGGAACAGAGACGGGCUGCUGUACGCAUGUGAAGACUGCGGGCUGCGCUUUAAAGACGCCCCGUCCAGGAACAGACACCAGACUCUGGUUCACUACUCCCACGAGGGGAGAGAAGAGGAGGAAGAGGAGGAGGAGGAGCAGAGAAAAGAGUUCGGCACAAAUGAGAGAGUCCGGGAUCACAGCAAAUGAAGGUGAAUAAUGUUACUGGUAAAGCUGAACAUCCAGACUGCAGCCAAUACAUGUAGAUUAUACCAUUUGUGUGGAAUAUAUUCGUUAGGUAAGCAUUACUCAUCACGCAACCUCUUUUUGAGCUACAAUAUAGCCUCGAAUGAGGUUUCACAACACCUAUAUAGGUUUCAGAGAAAGAAUUUGCACAGUUUUCAAACAGAAACACAAACCUGCCUGUUGUCACAACAUGAUUGACCGGUGUGACGGGUUUUUUGAUCUGUGGUUUCCUGUUUGUGCAGAUUUGUCACUGCUACAUGUACAAACUUUGUCUGACAAUAACCUUAAACCACUUGUUCCAAUCAUACGCCAAGCCAACUGGUAUUUCUGUUAAUACAACUGUUUUAUUGUGCCUUAUUCAGCAGUGGAAGAGGUAUUCCUCUUGUUGCAUUGUGACACCACAGAGGAUUUUCAUUAUUUUUAGAGGCUUUCUUAGUAACAUUUUCUUAUAGAAUUAAGGACUUACCCUUAUUAUAAAAAAUGCCUUGUAGUAAAAAAAAGUACAAUUUUCUAACUUAAAUACAAAUCUGCUGUUUUUUCAGUGUGUGAACAGCAAUUCUAUGUAAGCUUAUUUAGUAAUUUAAUCAAUUUUAAACCUAUAUUUCCCAUACAGAAAUCAAAUUAUCCAGCGGAAUUUGCAUAGUAUAGAAUUCUAUGUAAAGACAGUCAUCCUCACUCAAGUUUGAGUGUUUCUCACUGGUAGGGAAAGUUGCUGUAUAGUGUCAAAGGCCUAGGAAGUACUGGAACCCCUCAAAAUGAAAAGUAAUCUUUCUCUGGGGUUUGUACGUUAUGUUUCUUGGUCAAGGACGCUUGUUGAAUCACAGGAGUGUACGUCCACGAGGACAGUCCAUCCUAAUCACAACGACACCUUGCCUGUUGUGCCUCUCGAAUAUACUGCAAUCCUUUUCCACUAUUUCUUUUUUCCACCAACAUGUUUGUACUUUUACUAUGUGUGUUACAAAUUCGGUGAUUAUUACCCAAACACUUAGAACCAGCAGUCAAUUCAUUACACAAUCCUUAACUGUUAGAUGUGUGAAGCUCGUGAGAGCCACCUAGUGGUUAAAUAUAAUCAUAACAACACUCUUUGUUACAGUGUACCUUUUAUAGUGCUUCUUAGGUGUUGUUUUUUUUUGUAAAAGUGUUGCAGUUAUACAUUGUGAAUACUAUGUUUGUGACGACAAGUAACAUACUCCAUCCACUUUCUUGCAUUGGCCUGUUAAAUAGACUGAAGCAUACAUUUCUGUAUGUGUUUUCAGAAAGUGCAGCUUGUGAUUAAACAUUUCACGAAUAAACAGUAUCUCUGAGA